AUGUAUACUGCUGAAAUUAAUGAUAGUGGAAAUCCAUAUGCAGAUAAUUUGAUCCAUAGUAAUUCAAAUGAACAGAACUUUCGUUCUUACAACAGAAAAAGAUCUGUUCAACAUCCAAAUGAAGAUGAAUCAUCAAAUCAUACACCUAAACGCAAUCGUAUGGAAACAUCUGGUCGUGAUAUUGGAAUUGAUCAACAUCCAUCCAAGUUAGGUCAAAAUAAACAAGAAAGUACAAGAACAUCAACAGCAAGAACAUUAACAUCUUAUUUUAAUAUGAAUCAUCAAUUUAAGAAAAGCCCCAAUGAUUCAUCAUUUCGAUUACGUCGUGAGUCAUCACGUCAAACAUUUCCACCAUUUCGUAUUACACUACAAGAUGUUAAUCGUUACCCAUCAACAGAAUUAAGUAUAAUAAAAGAAAUUAACAAACAUUGUAAAUUAAAUCUAACCUAUGGACGAUAUACCAAAACAUCAGAUAAUCAAACGUGUUUUUUACUUUACACCAGCACUACAACACAAUUCGAAUACUUGAUGUGUGAAACCAACUGGCCUUCUAUGAUCAACAACACCAAAUACAAACUCGACUUACCAAAUAAAAUACCAUCAUCGUAUUCUAUCGUUGUUCAAAAUGUUCCUAGUCAAUGGAGUGCACAAGCUUUUGGAAAUGAAUUAAAACAACAUUAUUCAUCAGUUGUACGUGCUGUACGUCUAUUCGUUAAUGGUGGACGUCCUCUAUCAAAAGUUCGUGUUGAUUUUUCAUCAUAUAAGGAAUUAUCGACGAUAUUAAAAUCAAAACGCAUAUUACUUGAUGAUGAGAAUACUGCAUUUGCUGUUGAACCAUAUGUACCACCAACGCGAAUAUUAAGAUGUUACAAUUGUCAAGUUUACGAUGAUCACAUUGCAGCACAUUGUCCAAACAAAAAUAAUCCAGUUUGCUUCAGAUGUUCACAGAACCACCCUUAUAAUCCAAACUGUGAUAAUAUCAUCAAAUGUGCUCAUUGCCAAGGUGAUCAUAUGGCAGGAAAUCCAAGUUGUCCAGUUAAAUUAGGAAAACGUCAAGAAAAACAUCAACAACUGAAGAUUUCACAUGUAACAUCCACGUCAACAGCUCAACAACAACACAAGCAAAUCUGGUCUGACAACACAAAAGAAUGUCUUUUUGGUGUUGAAACAGCAGCACUUAAUGCUACAUCAACAACCGUAAAUAAUAAAAAACAAUAA